AUGCCGCUGCACAAGACGCGGAUCAACACAGACUCACAGCGCUCACCCCCACCCGCCCCUGCGAACCACAUCAGGACGCCUGUAGGUAGCGCGUCGUCGCAGUCCUUAGCCAUAUCUCCCCUCUCGACCAAGCUGGUCGAGAUACCUUCGCCGGAGCGGAAGUCGAAUAGUGGAGUCGUCACCGGCGUCAGCAUCAGUGACGGCGGUGCCAUCUGGGACCGGCGGGCACAGUGCCGAGCGCCGACGGGCCCCCCGCAUAGCAUCACUGCGGAGCGCCGAAACGAAGCCGGAGACGGCGCGGUGGUGGCGAAGGGGGGGAAGGCAAGCAGCUCACCCAGCAAGGCUACUGCCGGACGCGUUGGGAGCCAGGGAAGUGAUGAAGGGGGCGAUGAGACCUCGAGCGGAGACGAGGAGGGCGAAGAAGAAGAUAGCGAUGAGGAAGACGACGAGGGCGAAGAAGGUGGCUACUACGACGGCGCCACGUCCGACCAGGAGGAGGACGACGACGUAGACACCGGCGACAGCACCGCUGAUGACGAGGAAGACGAAGACGAUGCUUCGACGUCAGCCUCAUCUUCCUCCUCGGGCUCUUCGACGGCGCCGGUAGAGAUCGGCAGCAGGAGGUCGCGGAGGACGAAGCGAAGUGGCAAGAAGUCGACGCAGAGCUCUCUCAAGGCCGCGACGAACACGGCCGUGCCGUCAUCGGCUUCAAGCGCUGCGCAGUGGCGCGGUGGGUCCGGGCCGGCAGCGCAGCCGAUUCGCACGAAGGUGUCGAGAGAGGGGGACGUGAACGUAAAGGUCAUCUUUGCCGAUCGCUCCCGUCACUGCUUCCGCCGCUAUGUCAAGGAGGUGAUGACGCGCUUCGGCUUCCGGAAGGCGACCGACUUCGACAUGUACUGCAUUGACCAGUAUGGCGACCGCGUCGACAUCGAUACGGAGGAGGACUUUGAACAGCUGCUUGACGCCUUAACGGAGGCCAUGGGGGUGGUAGGCAGGGAUAGUCUCGUGGGCUCCCCAGACACGCACGCCUCUCCUCCGCCGCCGUCCCUGGGGCUGUUCCCCCACCUGCACGGCGCGAACCAAAGCACGGGUAGCUGUGGGAUUCCCGCGGCGGGUGAUGGGCUCAGCAUCAGUGGCCAUGCCAGCGAGCGCGCCAUGAGCUUCAGCGCAAGCCAGAACCACACGUCCUCCUUCUAUGCCGCCAAAUCUUUCUCCUUAUCCCCUCGACUGGACGCGACGAUCGCGUCGUCUAUCAGUGCUGGCAGCCUGGUGGAAGAUGACGGCAAGAGCAGCGUCAGCGUGCUGCGGCUUUAUGUGCGCUAUUCGAACGCCUACUACACCGAGCACCGCCGAGAGUUUGAGCAGCAGAUGAAUCAUAGCCUGCUCUACACGCAGGGCAUUUUGAAUAGCGGUGGCAGCGGUGCCCAUCCGCCGCCGCCGCCGCCGCCGCAGCUUUCACUCGGGUCGCCUUCGAGCAAGUGGAGGCUUCAAACGGAUCAGCUUCCAAGCGGCCAUGUCUCGCCAGGGGCGGUAGGCUCUCCCCUCGCGCGAAAUAUGCUCACGUUCACUACCUGCAGCGUUGGCAGCGGAGGCGGAGAUGGCGGCGCCACUUCGAGUCACAACGAGUUCAACGCUGUUCAUGGCAAGUCUUCCGAUUGGGCGGCUGCCUCGGCGGACAGCAUGUCGAUGCAGUUCAACGAGACACUAAGCAGCAACCUUGCCAAGACGCUCCGGCUUGAUGAGGCCGAGCCGCUAGACUGGCGGCGUAUGAGCGUGCUUGGCAAGGGCUCCUUCGGCACGGUGUACGAGGGCAUCACCCAAGAUGGGAAGAUGCUGGCGGUUAAGGUGCAGGAGCUGUCCCUCGACGACGGCGACGACGCAGAGGCGGUGAAGGCGGUAAAGGCGGAGAUCAAUCUCAUGAGUUCGCUGAAGCACAAGAAUAUUGUCACCUACUACGGGUGCCAGACGCGCGUGCUGCCGACAGGCAACCAGCAGAUGGAGGUGUUCCUCGAACUAUGCCACGGCGGCAGUCUCGCUUCCCUGCGGCGGAAGUUCGUAAAGGCCAAGGAGCCGUUCAGCAUCUCGCUCGUGCGCUCAUACACGCGGCAGGUCCUGGAGGGGUUGGCCUACCUGCACGCCCAGAACGUUGUGCACCGCGACAUCAAGAGUGACAACGUGCUCAUAUCGGCAAUGGGCGAGGCGAAGCUCGCGGAUUUUGGGUGCAGCAAGCGGCUAGGGCCGGCGACGCUGCAGGGCAUGCCGGGUACACUGCCUCCAGGUGCAGCGCCGGCAGCGGCGGCACCAAGCCCACAGGAGGCGGCGGCAGCACGUGCCGCCAUGCAUCAGACAGUGGUGGGCUCGCCCUUCUUCAUGGCGCCUGAGGUGCUGCGAGAGGACGGCAGCUACACUGGCGCAGCGGACAUCUGGUCUGUAGGCUGCUUGGUGCUGGAGCUGCUCGGUCGAGAGCCGUGGGAUAUCACCGGCAAGAACAUCUUUCAAAUUAUGUUCCGCGUUAGUAAGGAGAAGGGGAUGCCGACUGGGGUACCAAAGAAGUGCCCAGCGAUUCUUCUCGACUUCUUCGAGCGAUGCUUCCAGCGGGACGCCAAGCGGCGGGCCACCGCGGUGGAGCUUCUGGCGCAUGAGUGGCUGACGUGCCCCGACAAGGCGCUCGAGGAGGUGCCGCCGUCACCGCUAUCGCAGAAGGAGUCGCCGGCGGAGUGA